AUGUCAUCCGCCGUUGUGCACAGCGACGACCUCAUGGAGCCCACGCUCCAGUCGGUGGUGAAUCAGAAGACCUUGCGCUGGAUCUUUGUCGGCGGUAAAGGAGGUGUCGGCAAGACUACGACUUCCUGCUCUCUUGCAAUUCAGCUUGCUAAAGUUCGCAAAUCUGUCCUCCUCAUCUCCACCGACCCCGCGCACAACCUUAGCGAUGCCUUCGGUCAGAAGUUCGGAAAGGAGGCCCGGCUGGUUGAUGGAUACUCGAACUUGAGCGCUAUGGAGAUCGACCCUAACGGCAGUAUUCAAGAUCUCCUGGCUAGUGGUGAAGGCCAGGGCGACGACCCUCUGUCUGGUAUGGGUGUUGGUGGAAUGAUGCAGGAUCUUGCGUUCAGUAUCCCCGGUGUUGAUGAAGCUAUGUCUUUUGCCGAAGUCCUGAAGCAGGUCAAGUCGCUGUCCUACGAAGUUAUUGUGUUUGACACUGCGCCGACCGGUCACACCCUCCGCUUCCUCCAGUUCCCUACUGUCCUAGAGAAGGCUCUCGCCAAGCUGUCGCAGCUGUCCUCUCAGUUUGGUCCCAUGCUGAACUCGAUCCUUGGUUCUCGUGGUGGUCUGCCCGGCGGUCAAAACAUCGAUGAAUUGUUGCAGAAGAUGGAGUCUCUGAGGGAGACUAUCAGCGAGGUCAACUCGCAGUUCAAGGACGCUGAUCUGACUACCUUCGUCUGUGUUUGCAUUGCGGAAUUCUUGUCCCUCUACGAAACCGAGCGCAUGAUCCAGGAGCUCACAAGUUACAACAUCGAUACCCAUGCCAUUGUGGUCAACCAGCUCCUGUUCCCCAAGCAAAGCAGUGAGUGCGAACAAUGUAAUGCACGGAGGAAGAUGCAGAAGAAGUACUUGGAGCAGAUUGAAGAGUUGUAUGAAGACUUCAACGUGGUUAGGAUGCCAUUGCUGGUUGAGGAAGUCAGAGGCAAGGAGAAGCUUGAGAAAUUCAGCGACAUGCUUGUGAACCCGUAUGUACCCCCGGAGGGCAACUGA